GUAGCGUGGUGCCGUUUUAUUUAGGAUAUUUUCUUUACAGCACUUCACAUCUUGGAGGAAAGUCGCAAAUCAGUUUCAUUAUAAAGUUUUGUCAUUAUUAGUAUACAACAUGUCUCAACAAAAGUGAACAAUUUUAGAACUGUCAACAGCUUGUAACUAUGAUUGGGACAGUGGAACAGUACAUCUCAAAUUUCCAGCCGUCAUUCUCGUCAAAUAACACAAUGGUUGACAAUCACUCUACCAGUCUGCAGACAAGUCCCGAUGGAAUUCAUCUCAGUUCCAUUCAAAUGCAUCAGCAGCAAUUUCGGACACCAGCGUCAGUAAUGCUUCCAAACGAAUAUGUAUAUCACUACAACAGACAUUACGAACCGACAUACAGCAAGUUUCCCUUUGAUUCAAUUGCUCAUUUUAGUACUCCAAGCACACAUGCCUAUAUGGGAUCAGCGAUGCAUCAACACGGAAUGUUCGACGACUAUCAAGAAACAUAUGUACCAGUCGCGAUACCUAGACUGACACUUCAACAAUCUCAUCAACCCGAAAUUACUUCAAAAAAGCGCAAACAUUUGUCAAGCGAUUCUACUAGUAAUCAUUCAUCUGAAUCGCAGGAACAUUCCCCUAAACGUAAUCACACAAUAAUUGAUGUAAAACAGAGAAAAUUAAACAAUUGCAUGAACCGUGUAAGCAGCAGACCAGAAUCUCCAUACAUAGACGUGGUGGCAAUAAGCGAGCCGGGAAAGAUUAAUUGUGAAAUUAUUAGCGAUGAAAGGAAUGUAGAAAAGAGUGUUAUUGAGACACGAAAAUGUAUUUACUUGGACCAUUUACCUAUUCGAAAGCGGCAUCAUCACGCCAAUGGAGAACCGGCACCGUUAUUAGGUUCAACUUUGAAAAAUGAAGCCCUGACAAGAGAAUUAGGGUGCCCACAGAGCGGGACUCCAACUACAAGAAUGGUUAGCCCUCUAAACGGGAGUGACAAGAACUCUUCUGGUUAUUGCAGUGAGACCGAUGAAUGUUUCGAUGAAAGUUACAUCCCGCCACCCCGUAAGAGUACUGGCAUCUCUACAGUGGACGCCGGAAAAGAAGUUAUACGUAGACUUCAGCAAAAAGACAAUGCCCUUUCUACUUCUCCUAAGGCGUUACCAAAUACAUCGCAAGCAAACUUAAACUCCAUUACAAAUGGUUUUAAAGUGAAUAGUGCACAUCUUACAGAAUUUUAUCCAGUGAUGAACCACUUUGCAUUCAACUCAAAAAUUACGCCUAUGUUUACUGUGGCGGGCAACCGAAGGAAUACAGACGUGGCGCUCGUGAACUCUAUAAACUACCAAAGAUUGUCGACUCCUUACGGGACACCUCCAGUAGAACGAUUUCCAUUUUUACCAAUCGUUCCCUCUGGUUUUCCAACAAUGCAUCGAAUGACAUUUCCACAUCAAACUCCACAACUUAACUUCGACGAAGGUGAUUUAAAUGUCAAUCCAUCAGCACUAUCGAUCAACCAUGGGACGAUGACAAAACAUCCCUACGCCUCUCAACAUUUGUUGCCUCCAAUUGUGCCUUAUUCAAUUGCCAACAGCGUCGCUCAUAUGCCAAUUCCUCAACCACCGACCUGUGCCAUUCCGAAUACAGGUAUUAAUCAUAGAAUAUCUAUUCCUAAACCGAUAACUUCAGUGCUUCCAAUUUUAAUAGCGCCUCCAACGACAACUGUUAAAUCAUCAGUUUCACCAGAUGCUUCGCAAUAUGCACCAUUGAAGAGAGCACCAGGAAGGGCGAAACAGUCAAACCACGUGACCAAUGAUGCCGCCCAACUUGGAGAAAACUCGUACUUGUGUGAGGUGUGCAAUAAAGUGUUUCCUUUGCAGCGAUUACUCAAUCGACACAUGAAGUGUCACAACGCAACAAAACGUUACCAAUGUGUUCACUGUGGUAAAGGCUUCAAUGAUACAUUUGACUUAAAGCGUCACGUAAGAACUCAUACAGGCGUGAGGCCUUACAAUUGCGAAAAGUGUGAUAAAUCGUUUACACAACGGUGCUCGCUCGAGUCCCACCUCUCAAAGGUACACGGUCUUAACCACGAGUAUAUCUACAAACAGCGGCGCUCUAAGCUGUAUGUGUGCGAGGAGUGUGGUAAAACGGAUACAAAUGUUGACGACUACUACGAGCACAUUAAGGAAAAACACCCAGACAGUACGGAGCUUAGGAAAUACCAAGAUAAAGUACAAUUUCAAAAGUUACUCAAGAAAUGUAGCGAUAAUAAAACUCAAUGACACAAAUAGGCCUGCUACACAUAAACCCUAAGCAAUAGAGCAGAACAAUACCGUACUGAUAGAACAUCUGAAAACAGAUUAAAUUGGUGUCUAUCUUUUGACGUGUGUAGAGUCGUAACUUCUUUACUACAUUUGACUAUUUCAUUUAUGGUGCUGUAACAUUUUAUUCUUUCUUUUUGCCAACCUCUUAAGACUAACUUAUACACGUGUAAUUUAUAAGGUGGAAUCAAUUUAGUUUGCAGUCUUUGUUAUAUUUUAAAAUAAAGUUAUAAAACUAUUUUCUAAAUGAUUGUUUUUUUGAUUGAGUAAACCGACACUUAAGUUUUUGAUAUAGGCUUACACAAUACAGUACUGAAUGAGUUGAUGAACUGUUGGAGUAAAAGAAAAAAAUAAGAACCUUAAAAUCUGUUAAAAAAUAAAAUGUUUCCAUUAAAAAUAUCAAAUAAAUCAUUCACUUAAAAUGAGCCACAUAACCAAAGAAUUUAAAGCUUUUUGUUGAUUUACAGAAUUUUACGAAGAAAAUAUUUAAAUUGUUUACAAUUUAAGGGUUUAUCUAUGAUAUAGGAACGUUAUUAUGCAUGGCGUUUGCUAACUUGCAUAGAAAAUGUUUUGAGAUUUUUUGACGAAGUAUUAGUCAACAAUUCAGAUAUAGUACUGAGUCAUAUUUAUUCUUCAAGUUUUUUUUACUAAUGUUACCAUGACCAAUGCGUUUGGCAGUUUUUUGUUUUUUUUUUGAUUUUUUUUUUUGAUUUGGGGGUUUUCUUUUCAGACCAAAAUUGUCGAAGCUUUAGCCUCCAUAACAUCGCUACACGAUUUCGCCGGCAGUUUUCAUCCACGCUGAUUUGUCGGUCGAAUCGGAGAGCCUUCUGGAUUGAGUCGAGGUCAGCUACGCAGUGUAUAACAAUUAAGCCCUCUUCAGACUAUCAAAUUUGAUUUUCAAAAAAAAAACCUGUUGUAUGCCCAUCAAAGAUCUUUUAAGAUCUUUGAUGCCCAUGGCAUAGAUGAUAUGCAUAUUAUGGUCAUGAUGAGAUGUCAUCAUGACCAUAUUUAGGCAUAUCACAUGUUUUUGUCAAAUAAAAUUAUAUAGUCUGUACAGGGCUUGCGGUAUUAGUGGUCCAGUAUUAAUAACAGUUGUCUUUCAUUUACGGUAUAUCUCAACUUGAAAUUAAAUAACAAAAUUUAUGUGUGAAUUUGUGCAAUUAUUUUUGUACUAUUGUCUAUGUACUCCGUUUAUUGACGAUGUUGCAAUAAAAUAUACAGUAUCUAAA